AUGGGUAUGGUGGCCAACAUGAUGACCGUCAUUGGCAGAUCGGCAAACUUUGAAACGACGCUUAUGUUUCUCACUGACGAGGAGAAGGCGACCGCUAGAAGCAUCAUCGCCCAUUUGUCAGCUGAGGAGUCCGAGCGAGCAGAGUUAGCCGAAAAUUGUUUGGUUGAGAUUAAUACAUUAAAACUCCGUGAUCCAGCCCUGCUUCCCCUCUCUGCAAUUCCCAAAUAG